CAUGACCGGAAGCUCCAGCUGAAGCGGUGGAGUGAGAGCUUUUGAAAUGAAAACAAAUCCUGCUGGCCUUUUGCCUGUUUGAUUACCCAUACGAUUGAUAAAUAAUGCCGCAUAUAUCAAAAAAUAAACGACUCGCCAUGGCGGCAGACGAGUGCAUGAACAGUGAUGAGGCGGAGAGCUAAAGCUGAAGAACAAAUUCAUCAAACCUGGGAUGAUUGUUGCACCUGGGGACAUGCUGGCAUGGCCUUUUAAUGUGGGACAAAGUGAUUCAUCAUGGAUGACUCAGGCCAGGAUUUUGUAGAUCUCUGUGCAAAGUUGCUAAAACGAGUCCGCAAGAAACCAGGUGAGUCCAGACCGCCGAGGAAAGCAGAGCAGCAGCCCUCCUGUCAGGCAAAUGAAGGAGACAAGAGGAGGAGAAACAACAAAAGAGAUGGUGACUCUGGAUCAACGUGCGCUGGAACCCAGCCUGUUUGUACUGGUGCAGAAGCAGAGAAGCAUGUGGUCUGUGGAGGGACUGGACAUGACUCAGGAGAUGCAGAGUCGUCAGGUGUGCCUUCAUCAGCAGCAGGACAGAAAGCUGAGAGAGGUGUGGCGGCGAAAGAUAAAGUUCUUCAGAGAAUGCAGCAGUUUAAGAGAGCCAGUCCACAGAGGAUGGUGCACAAGGACAAGAACGAGCCAACAAACCACAAGAACGACCCUGUUGUUCCUCCUCCAGCUCUGACACACAGACGAGAUACUCCAGAGUCUUUCAGCUCAGGUCUCCUUGUGGAGUCCCCAGACAGCGACGAGGCUCUGGCCCUACAGCUACAGCAGGAGCUGGACAGGGAGGCAGCAGAGGCACAGACGGUGGACCUGGAGGACGGAGGACUCUUCUUCUGUCAGAUCUGCCACAGAGAUCUGUCACACAUGACACCUAAGGGGCGGACGCAGCAUCUCAACAGGUGUUUGGAUGAAAGUGAAGAGAGCGCCCCACCACCCCCUCCUCCGCCUCCUGGUGUCCCCGACUGUCCCAUUUGUGGCAAGAAGUUCAAGUCCCAGAAGAGUCGCUCGGCCCACCUGAAGCGCUGCUCCUCAGACAUGGGCGUCGCUCCGGCUGAGCUGCUGCAGGCUCUGCAGAGACAAACUGAGGAGGCCCCGAAUGUCCCCACUGCUGCUAACACAACUAAUCAGACUGGAGCCACUAAAAGAAAAGGCCCAUCCAAGCCGGGUCUCCCUGCAAGGAAGAAGCCCAGGAAGAAGACUGCACCCCUGGAUGAAGACACCAUGGUGGCCCUGGCUCUGUCCAAAUCCCUGCUGGAACAGCAGCAGCAGAGCGACAGAGAGUCAGAGGGGCUGUUACACACAAACACUGCUGCCUCUCACGUCUCCAUGACUCCAGCGUUGAAGUGGAGGCCAGACGCUGGUAAGGGGCGUGGAAAAAGGAAAAAGGGCGCCGUCCCUCGUCCUCCUCCGCUCCUCCUCGUUCAGGAUGCGGAGGCGGCUCUGACGAGGCUGCAGGAACGCGUUUCUGCUCUCCUCCUGCGCAGUCGGCCCCCCUCUCCCCCCACCCCGACCCGCUGCCCCAGCAGUCUGCCUGGCUGGAGCGGUGCUGCCCCCCUCUGGCAGAAGAGCACACUGCUGGACGGGAGCUCCACCCGUCCGUCUGAUUUCUACACUCCAGAGCUCCGAGAGUUCAUCACGCCCUGGGAGUCAGCAGCGACGGAUGCAGCUACAUCCAGCCUCAUCAACAAACUGGAGUCUGUCCAACAUGUGAGUGAAGGGACUCCUGUCACAGGGACCAGGGUCUCCACCCAGCCGUCCUCCUCCUCACAGGGGACAGAGCAGCUGCUGAUGGACCUGAUGGAGCUGGCUGAAGACGGCACCACCCUCACUCAGUGUGGUCACUCUGCUUCGGGCUCUGACAAAGACAGAGGAGGCAGUCAGAUCACAAACCUUCGUCUGAGCGGCUUCGUCCUGGAGGAGUCGGAAGAGCAGCUGAGCGGCUUCAUGCCACAAACGACACACGCGCAUUCAGAGGACGCCCAGAGUCGAGCAAGGAGGACGACUGAUCGGCCAGGAGCAGAUAAAGAGACGGGCAGACACCCAUCAGUGGCGCUGUCCAGACUGGCUUCAGACCUGAGCAGCAUGGUGAACAACCCUCAGCUCAGUGACCUGCAGCUCCAGGUGGACAGCGGAGAGGUCUACUUCGCUCAUUCCUUCAUGGUGUACGCUCGAUGCCCCCUGCUGGCAGAAAUGGUACAUGAGAGUGGUUUUGGGGUGCAGGAGGAAGGCGUGCCUGCAGCCAAGAGGGUGUUGUUGAAUGAUGUGUCGGGCCAGGCGGUGCUUGUGUUGCUGCAGUAUCUCUACACCGCCUGCUGCUCCAUCCCACCAUCACUUCGGCCUCAUGUACUGGAGCUCGCAUCCAGGUUUGACUUGCAGGAGCUACAGCAGCUUUGUGAGCUCCACCGAGAGGAUGCAGCAGCAACUCAGGGAAAUGAGGAAGAGGACACGAACCAGGAGGACAACAACCAAACGCACCAGGCUCUCACGGAGCUGCUGCGCUCCAUGUGGGACGAAGGGGAAGAAGACGAACAGGGCACAGACUCCGAUGGAGGAAGGGACGAAGAAAGAGGAUUGGAAGAAGAUCAUCAAGGCGCUGAGUUGGCAUCAGGUGACGGAGAGAUCCGGGAUGAGAAAGUGAACGAGGAAGAGCUGGAGGAGAUCUACGAGUUUGCCGCCACGCAGAGAAAGAGGGAGGAGAAAGACGGCACGGAGGAGGAGGAGGAGAAGGUAGACGAGGAAGAAGAUGGAGAAGAAGUGUUUGCAAAACUUACAGAGCCAGAAAGAAGCUCGACAGUGAAUAACCUGCAGCCGGACGCCAGCCUGGAACAAAGCUACAAUCGCCUCUUCUCUGAAUCGUGGGGGGUCUACGAGGAGGAAGAUCCUUCAUCGUUACCCUCCACUUCUGGCCUGGCUCGGCCACACCCCCCUCAAUCACAACAACACCAGUCCCCUCAUAAACCUGAAUUGUCCGGCAGAGCUUUGCUUCAGUCUUCAGCUAGCUUAGUUGAAGACCUUUCUCUCAGUCCUCCACCCACUACAUCCAACCUGCCUGUCCCAGGUCAGUCCCCUGAUCAGCGGGCUGACUGGGGUGGCGCCGGAGACGAGGGAGCUGAUAGUCCGGCUUUUAAGCGAGAAAGCCAUGGUCCUCGUAGUAUUUGUGUCCCCCUUUCUCCAGAUUCUCCUCAGGAAAAGAAGGAGCCUGAGCUCAUAGUUCUGUCUGACUCGAGCGAGGACAUGGAGGUAGUUCUUAGUUCCCGCAGUCUUUCGCCAUGUUCCCCUCAUGCAGCCCAGAACCUGCAGAGCUACACCCAGAUCAAACCUCCGCUACCCCUGAAACCUAAAGAAUCCACUGUGGAGAGUAAACAGUCCUGUAGUUUAGAGGUUAGUCCUGAUGAUGCAUCUGCAGCGCCGGUUCGGAGUCCUCUCAGUCCCUGGUGUGACCAGAAUCCAGUCGACUGUUCUCCAGAAGUGUCCUGGCUGAUCCCAUGCACGCCGGUCCAGUCUGGAAGACGAACCUCGUCCAGCUCCACUCAGACUAAAAGCAGCAUCUGCAGGACGACGCUGUUCCCUAAAGGAGACUCUUCCUCACUCUCAUCCUCCAACAGACUGCAGACCUCCAACAGUUCAGCCAGAGUUUCUUCCCUCAUGUGCCCAGCAGAUGGCAGUGUUUCCAAGUUAAAACUGGACGAGACCUGUAGCUCCAGUAGAGCCAGUAGUCGUGAUGCGAGUAAAGAUGAAGGACUGUUUCACUUUCCUCCGUCCCUACCUAAGCUAUGGAUCUCAACUUCCUCAAAGCAGGACACACCCCUCCACAUCCAGGCCCAGCCUCACAGCAGCACUCCCCUGCUGCACACAGAGCUCCACAAGGCCCCCAUUCUUCUAACCUUCCCGCUCCACAGCAACCUGGAUAAGAUGUUGACAAGUCAAGGACGGGAUAGGGCGCCAUCUGAAAGCCCGGAGAAGACAGAGUUGGCCAGCUUUCAUCUCUCCCCCCUGUCAGAUCAGCCCUCCUCUUCCUCUCACAGAGGUCCUCAGAGUUCACAGAGGAACAACAAGUCUUCUAGUCGAAGUCGAAGUGAGUCGAGCAGUCACAAUAACACAGGGCCUGAGCUCAAGACGACAGGAAUAGGAAGCGAGGAGGGUGAAGGAGAGAUGAGGUGUGAAAAUAAAGACACAGGUGAUGGAGGAGCUCAGGAAGAAGAACAGACAGAAGGUGCUGAAUCCAGUUUCCAGCAGAGCUUCAUGGAUGAGCCCCCAAUAGCUUUCAACGACUCGUGGGGUUUUGAUGCCUGUGAAGAGCCGGAGGCAAACCCGGGCUGCUUCAGUCUGCGGCUGGAGGACAGCGGAGCAUCCAGCCAGCAAGGCGAGCGCAGCCUGGGACAGCGAGACACGUCUAGAGACCGUCCACAUUCACCGCCCGGUCGCAGCGUCUAUUUAUCAAACAGUCAUGUCGGUGUGACCGCUUCCUCUCCAUCCAAGGCCCACAGGACACAACCACCCACAGGUGCACAGGCUCAUACAGGCCGGUCCUUCACCCCUUCACCACCCGACCCCACCACCAAGACCCCUCCACAGAUUAGCAACAGCCUGCUGGACUCCAAAAUCUGGGACAGCUGGGAGGAGGACGAAGAGGAGGAGGUUCUUCCUCUCUCUCAGAGGGUGGACCCUUCUGCUCAGCUCAAAACACCAAUAUCGUCACAUAAUAAAAAGCGGCGCACUCUGGUGCCCAUCACCCCCAUGCCCCACUACUCUGACUUGGACACACCGGAGCUCAAGAACAAACUCAACAGGUUCGGUGUUCGGCCUUUACCCAAGCGCCAGAUGAUCCUCAAACUGAAGGAGAUCCACCAGUACACGCACCAGCUGCUCAGCUCUGACUCUGAGGACGAGACUAACCCUCCAUCCACCAGUUCAGAGGCUCCUCACAACAGGCCGGCCUCCUGCACCCAGAGAGGGAAGUUUAAAGAGCCCAGAGCGCCCGCUGCCGUCUCCCCUCUGAAGGCCAACAGAGAGGAGGAGGCGGAGCCGCUGUCGGCCUCACAGGGCUCCAACACCUCCUCUACUGCUGCCAGCGACGAGUCUGACAGCUCCAGCCCAGAGCUGAACCUCCCCUCCGACUCAGACAGCGAGGAAGACAUCUCCGCCUCCCAGGCAGUGAACCGGCUUCAGGAUCGACUCCAGGCGGUGCGCGACUUCAUCCUCUCUGACUCCGGACUGUACAAUAGGAUUCUCCAGUACCAGCCUCUGGUCUUGUCGCAGCUCCAGGAGCAACUCAAAGCAGCAGGGAUCCGCCUGGGUGCUGCCAAGCUGGUGGACUACCUGGACUCUCAGUGCAUCACCUUCACCACGGCCAAACCGGGCCAACCCGCACCCACCCGCAGGCGCGGCAAGAGGAAAAAGGCAGCAGGUGAAAGUGCAGCAGGCAGGAAGAGAGUGGUUACAGCCAUGAUUUAAAACUUUAAGACUACAAGAGCGGAAACUGUGAGAGAAGUGGCAGGUUUUUAGUGUUUGGACACGUGUUUAACAGACAGAAGAUUCAUUUUAUGGUUGUUUUUGGACAGCUGGCACCAGGCUGGUCUGGUUUUACCAUGUUCUAUGUUAUUAUGUAAAAAUUAUUCAUGUUUUGUAAUUUAAUUAUUUUGUUUUAAAAUGUUGCAUUAUGUCCCCACUAUGAAAUAAAAAAAAAGGUAAAUGUUUACCAU